CAAAAAGAUUAAAUAGUGAGUCUGAGUGUGAGGGUGGGCGGGAGAAAUUGGUCGGAGCAAUUUGGCGGAGUGAGAUGGCGGCGAUGAGGAGCAAGAAAGGGAGUGUGAGUUUAGAGGGAAAGAAGGUUAUAUUAGUUCCUUACAUGGAAUUCCAUGUUCCCAAAUAUCAUGAAUGGAUGCAAAACCCUUCUCUCCUUCAAGCCACUGCUUCCGAACCCCUUUCACUCGAACAAGAGUAUCAGAUGCAACUCUCCUGGUCAUCUGAUCUCAACAAAGAGACUUUCAUUAUCUUGGAUAAGGACCUGCUUCUUGGAACCUUCUGUCACGGUCAACCUCACGUCGAAGCCAUGGUUGGUGAUGUAAAUAUUUUUAUGAAUGACAUCAAUAAUCCCCAAAUUGCUGAGAUUGAAAUUAUGAUUGCUGAACUAACCAGCCGUGGCAAAGGACUUGGAAAGGAGUCUGUUUUGAUGAUGAUGGCCUUUGCCAUUCACAACUUAGGGAUCAAUGUCUUUGAGGUUAAAAUUGGAGAAUCUAAUGUUCAAUCCAUCAACUUGUUCAAAAAAUUGGGGUUUGUGGAAACUUCACAUAGCAACAUUUUCAAAGAGGUGACUUUGGAGUUACAAAUAACACAAGCCAAGAGUGAGGAGAUGCUUGGUUUGAUGGGUACUCUGAUCAAACACACAUAAGUAACAACAUGUAGUUUAUUAGUAGUAGAAUAUUCUCUUUUCUGGGAGUUCCAUGUGCCUAACUAUUUUUUUCCUUUCAACUGUAAGAAUCUGAGAUUGAAAGUAAUACUAGACUGACGUUUACAAUGCUUC